UCAGACGUCAGUUCUCAGUUGUCACUUGUCAUUUGUCUCUGAAUUGUUUCUGAAAAGUGUUUUAUAUUAUUAAUUAUUUACGAUAGCUGUAAAUUGGGGAGUAAUAAUGAACAGUAUUAGAUAUAAAAUAAGUGGCGUUACCUAUAGUGUACUGCAAGCGGCGAAUUGCAAUUUUCGUCCGGCGCUCCUGCAAUGUAGACUCUAUUCAGGACCAACAAGUUUCCCUGACUACUUCCGUAAUCCAAUAUUCAGCAAAGAAGAGCAAGCCAAACUGAUUGAGUUUAAUGAGUUGAGCAAGUUGGCUUCUACCCCUGUUAAGCCACCUGGAGUCAGUGAGACUUCUUCAGUGUACUAUGAUCCACUUGUAAACAAAGUUAUCAACCAUGUGAUGAAAAUGGGUAACAAAAAUCUUGCUCGUCAAAUAGUUGAGAAGGCAUUUGAAAAUGUUAAAAGGUUACAAAUAGAAAGAUAUCAUCUUGCAUCUACACCUGAAGAAAAGGAAAAAGUAAUUCUCAAUCCUAAGGAUAUAUUACAUAAAGCAAUUGAAAAUUGUAGACCCCUACUCCAACUAUUACCAAUCAAAAGAGGUGGAAUAACAUACCAGGUUCCUGGACCUAUAACAGAAAAAAGGUCACUAUUCUUAGCCAUUAAGUGGCUUUUGGAGGCUACAAAUGAUAAGGAAAGGACUAUACAUUUUCCCGAGCAAUUUGCCUGGGAACUCUUGGACGCUGCAAACAACACAGGCAAAGUUGUAAAGAGAAAACAAGAUCUUCAUAGACAAUGUGAAGCCAACCGAGCAUAUGCUCAUUACAGAUGGCAGUAGUUAGUGUAUUUCGUGCGCCUAUUAAAAAUAAGUGUAGAUAAUUGUAUUAAGUAAUAUUUGUUAAAAUAAUUAAUAACAAUAAAAUUAAAGUGCUAC